UCUGACGUCACUGGCCCGCUUCCCUCUCCCGGGAGCGGCGCGGACGACGGCUCCCUCCCCCCUCACGGGCGGUCCCCUCCCCGGCUCGGCCGCGGCCUGACCCUCGGCAAGGCGAUGGCCUGGGCCCCGAGCGUGCUUGGGUGCCCGGCCCUGGGCUGCGUUGGCUCUCGGAGCCCGGCGGGUCAGGUCACCUUGGCUGUGCAGACAGAGGCCCCAGAGGAAAGCCAUCGGGCAUCCAUCCCACGGCUGCCAACCCCUGCGUGGGCCUUGCUUCCCUCGGAUGGCGAUGCACACGGAGGCCUGGCCUUAGCCUGUGCCCGUGAGCAUUUCUGAGGACCACCAGCUGGCUGAGGCUCAGGGACAGAGACCGCUGCUCCAGCUAAAGUGGCCUCGGACCCCGCGUGGGCUGUGGAGUGGAUUGAACUUCCGCGUGGCCUGUCUCUAUCCUCUUUGGGAUCUUCUCGGACCCUCCGAGGCUGGAGCCGGUCCUCCCGUCCUUCCUCAGUUGACAGCCAGGACUUGCCAGAGGUGAAUGUUGGAGACACAGUCGCGAUGCUGCCCAAGUCCCGGAGAGCCCUAACCAUCCAGGAGAUUGCUGCUCUGGCCAGGUCUUCCCUGCAUGGUAUUUCCCAGGUGGUAAAGGACCACGUGACCAAGCCCACGGCCAUGGCCCAAGGGCGAGUGGCUCACCUCAUUGAGUGGAAGGGCUGGAGCAAGCCCAGUGAUUCUCCUGCUGCUCUGGAAUCAGCCUUUUCCUCCUAUUCGGACCUCAGCGAGGGUGAACAAGAGGCUCGUUUUGCAGCAGGAGUGGCUGAACAGUUUGCUAUUGCAGAAGCCAAGCUCCGAGCAUGGUCUUCGGUGGAUGGCGAUGACUCCACCGAUGACUCCUACGAUGAAGACUUUGCUGGGGGAACUGACGCAGAUAUGGCCGGGCAGCUGCCCCUGGGGCCUCAUCUCCAGGACCUCUUUACUGGCCGCCGGUUCUCCCGGCCUGUGCGCCAGGGCUCCGUGGAGCCCGAGAGCGACUGCUCGCAGACCGUGUCCCCAGAUACCCUGUGCUCCAGCCUGUGCAGCCUGGAGGACGGGUUGCUGGGCUCCCCAGCCCGCCUGACCUCCCAGCUGCUGGGUGAUGAGCUGCUCCUCGCCAAACUGCCCCCCAGCCGGGAAAGUGCCUUCCGUAGCCUGGGUCCUCCGGAGGCCCAGGACUCGCUCUACAACUCGCCCCUCACGGAGUCCUGCCUUUCCCCUGCUGAGGAGGAGCCGGACCCUUGCAAGGACUGCCAGCCGCUCUGCCCACUGCCAGCGGGCAGCUGGGAACGGCAGCGGCAAGCCUCUGACGUGGCCUCUUCUGGGGUGGUGUCCUUAGAUGAGGAUGAGGCAGAGCCUGAGGAACAGUGAUCAAGUCCUGUCCGCUGUUGGCCCGUGUCCCCCGGCUGUUGCUGGGGGCGAAGCCUCUGCGCCCAGGUGUGGGCUGGGGCGCUCCCGGGAGCACUCACUUCUCCAUUGUGUGUUUUGCAUGAAAGUGUUCGGAGAGGAGGCAGAACCGGGCUGGGGGGCGCAUGUCCUGCCCCCGUGCCUGGGGCUUGCCGGGGUGUUGCCCGGGGCCCCUGUGGCAUGGCUACAGCUGUGGCAGACAGUGAUGUACCUGUUCUUCAGUCCCAGACUUGCCACAUUUCCUCCUCAGAUGAUGUGAGCUCCUGAGGGGGCAUUGGGACUGGGCUGUAGGGGGCAAGGAGGGCUGGAGCUGGCUGCCUCCUCCCCUCCCCUUGCCUCUCUGCUUCUCUUGUUCACCUGGAGUCCAUGUGCCGUGCUUGAUAGAACCACCUUCCUGGGGGCCCAGCUCCUGCCUGCCCGGAGCCCAGGCAUCGAGCCGUCCCGAGGGCCCCUGACCAGCCAAGCUUGUGCUGUGCUUCACCUCUCCAUCGUCUCUAAAUCUUUUUUCUUCCUAAA